AUGAGCCGGCACAAGAGACACAAGGCAGUGCGAGAUAGCUAUCUCCGCCGCGGGCUUGCUGAAGUCUUCACGCCCGGCCGCCACUACCCAACCUACCUCUCAGAAAAAGUCACCCAAUUCUCCAAAUACCGGGGGGAGGAUCUCUGCCGCCUCCAAAAGGAAGCCAUCCAGCGCCUGCACCACGACCCGGUCUUCGACCUCCGCGACUCGGACCGGGCGGAGUUCAGCGACAGCGUGGUCCUCACGGCCUACUUCCAGUUCUUCGACGAGCUCUUCUUCUUCGGGAGCCUGGCCGGCAGCGAGCGCUGCCUGCUCCGCUUCAAAGCCCAGCGCGGCCACGAGCGGCAGACGCGCGGCAUGUUCUUCAAGUACGUCCAGGAGCGGGCCGACGGCUCGCGAGUGCAGAUGUUCGACAUUGUCAUGCACAAGCCCUACAACUACCGGCUGCGGGAGCCGAACCGCUACGUCCGCCUGAAGAGCGCCCUGUGCUGUCUCCUGCAGGGCAUGUGCCAUGCCUUCCUGGGCCUCUGGCAGUGCCGGACGGGCACGUGUCAGCAGACGUGGGGUGGGCGCGGCGCGGGCUACGCGUGGCAAGACAUGGCGCUGGCCAUCGAGGAGGCUCUCGCCGAUCGGCAUUUUCUCAAUCUGCGCAUCUCCUUGGAGAGGAGGGAUAUGUUGAUCCAGAUGCUGAAAGCGAACCCUGGCCGUAUCAAAGAGGCGUAUUUGAGGGACUGGGGCUUUGACCACCGAGAUUUAGCGAGGUAUAUGAAGAAAUAG